CCUUGCCGCGCGGGAGAUAAGGUAUCGUCAUCCUUGCACUCUAUCUGGAGUACCUCCCACCUUCCCGCGCUGUCAGAUGUCGCGGUACAGUGAAUCGACCUCGAUACUAAUAUAGAGAUGUCCCCUGGUCAAUCCGCAGCAGAUGUCCCGUCCACAAGGCCGGUAUCGGAGCAGACCCCUCUUCUUGGGGACCAAAGGCAAGAUGAUCUCAAUCAGCCGGGUGACUCUCCGGUUCAGUUAGCCGACGAACCCACCACCAGGGAGCUGAUCCUGGUGAUGGGAAGUGUCUGGGUUGGCGUCUUCCUUGCUGCCUUGGAUACCACGAUUGUCGCAACGUUGAGCGCUCCAAUCUCCUCGUCCUUCCACUCCUUGUCCCUGCUAUCGUGGCUGGCCACGUCCUACCUGAUAUCCAAUGCCGCCUUCCAGCCGCUGAGCGGUCGACUGACGGAUAUAUUCUCUCGUCGGGCAGGGCUGGUAUUCUCGAAUGUCUUCUUCGCCGCGGGGACGCUGAUGUGUGGACUCGCCAAAAGCGAAGGUGCUAUCAUAGCGGGUCGUGUCAUUGCGGGCAUUGGAGGAGGUGGUCUGACCGCCAUCUCGACCAUCAUCAAUUCGGACUUGGUUCCGCUCCGGAAGCGAGGAAUCUGGCAGGGCAUUGGUAACAUUUGCUACGGUGCUGGAAGUGGUCUGGGUGGUGUCUUUGGCGGAUGGAUCAACGACACGCUGGGCUGGCGGUGGGCUUUCCUGAUCCAAGUGCCCUUCAUUGUGGUGUCGGGCAUUCUGGUGACUGUCAUGGUAAAAGUGCCAGUCAAGGACACCGACGAUGCCAAACUGAAACGGGUCGACUUCCUCGGAGCGGUGACCUUGGUCACCACGCUUGUCUUGUUUCUGCUCGGACUCAACACGGGUGGAAACCAACUGCCAUGGACGCACCCGCUCAUCCUGGUCUCGCUGCCGCUAGCCGCCGUGUCCUUUGCCCUCUUCCUCUAUAUCGAGGCCAAGAUUGCGUCGGAGCCGGUCAUCCCAGUCCGGCUCCUUCUUGACCGGACGGUCUUUUCCGCCUGCUUGACCAAUUGGUUCGGCACCAUGACCGUCUUCGGGCUUUUGUUCUACUUGCCCUUUUUCUUCCAGGUCCAGGGCCUCUCCGCUACCGCCGCCGGCGUGCGGUUGAUUCCGCAAGCCAUUGGAACGUCCAUUGGUUCGCUGGGGGCUGGCGUUCUCAUGCGCUCCACCGGGCGCUACAAGGUGUUUGUCCGCAUCACCCUGACUCUUCUGGUCAUCGCUUCCAUCCUGAUCAGCACGUUGUCGCUCACGACUCCGGCAUGGCUCCCGUUUAUCUACUUCUUUCUGAUGGGCACGGCUUACGGCAGUAUGCUGACUCUUACCCUGGUGGCACUGAUCUCUGCCGUGGACCACGAACAUCAUGCCGUUAUCACCUCUGCAUCUUACGCCUUUCGCAGCACGGGUAGCACGAUUGGCAUUACAGUGGCCUCCGCCGUCUUCCAGAACAUUCUGAAGUCGGGGCUCUGGAGACGAUUUGGCGAUCGGGAAGAUGCGGGAGAGCUGAUCUCUAAGAUCCGAGACAGUCUGGAUGAGAUCCACCGUCUCCCCGCGGAUUGGGUCCCAGGGGUCUUGGAUGCGUAUAUUGACUCCCUACGGGCGGUAUUCCUUACACUGCUCGGAUUGGCGGUGCUGGGAGCGUUGGUCAGCAUGGGCAUGCGGGAGCAUAAGUUGCACUCGAAUCUCUCUCGCCGUGAGGAUUAGAGUUGGGAUGAAUGGUAGUCGAGGGGUAAACUCUACACUACAAGCUAUACAAAGUAUGUACUUAGUAGAAGAGCAGUAGAAGAGCAGUAGAAGGGUAGAAUGAAAGAAUGGAAAAGACUACCU